AUGGCUGAUCAUGAGAAACUGAUGAAGAAAAGCUACUUUGAGGUUUUGGGACUUUGUUGCGCAUCAGAAGUUGCACUGCUAGAGAGAAUUAUGGAACAGAUUAAUGGGGUCAAAGAGAUUUCGGUCAUCCUCCCAACCAAAACACUCAUUGUUGUCCAUGAUUCCCUCCUCCUUUCUGAUACUCAAAUCGUUGAGGUGCUGAACAAGGCAAGGUUGGAAGCAAGUGUUCAGCCUAAAGGAGAUGAAAAUUUCGUGAGAAACAAAUGGCCAGCUCCUUCUGUGAUGGCAUGUGGAGUAUUGCUUGCAUUGUCAUUUCUUAAAUUUGUAUGGCGUCCCUUUCAAUGGCUGGCUCUUGGGACGGUUGUUAUUGGAGCUCCCUCUAUUGCCAUCAGAAGUUUUGCUUCCAUUCGAAACCUCACACUUAAUAUAAACAUUCUUGUUCUCUUGGCAGUGGUAGGCACUCUUGUUUUGCAAGAUUAUUGGGAGGCAGGUACAGUUGUCUUUCUGUUUUCCAUUGCUCAUUGGCUUGAAACAAGAGCAAGUUACAAGGCCAUGGCCGCGAUGUCGGCUCUGACAAGCAUGGCUCCCCAGAGAGCUACAAUUGCCGAAACCGGAGAGCAGGUUGAUGUAGAUUCUGUUAAGUUGGACACCAUCCUUGCGGUCAAGGCUGGUGAGGCAAUUCCAAUGGAUGGAGUUGUUGUUGAAGGAAAAUGUGAAGUUGAUGAGAAGAUGCUGAGUGGUGAAUCAUUUCCUGUUGCCAAAGAGUCGGGUUCGAUUGUGUGGGCUGGCUCAAUCAAUCUGAACGGUUAUAUUGCUGUAAGAACUACUGCCUUGGCCAGAGAUUCUGUUGUUGCAAGAAUGGCUAAGCUUGUUGAAGAUGCACAUAAAAAGAAGUCUCAAACUGAAAGAUUUAUAGACAAGUGUGCUAAGUACUAUAUUCCUUUGGUAAUGAUAAUAUCAGCCAGUUUUGCUAUCAUUCCAGCUGUGCUGAGAUUUCCAAAUGAAAACUACUGGUUUCAUUUAGCAUUGGUUGUUCUUGUGAGCACAUGUCCAUGUGCACUUGUCAUCUCCACUCCUGUGACUAUUUUCUGUGCUCUUUCAAGGGCUGCCACCACCGGCCUUCUAAUCAAAGGUGGCGACUACCUUGAGCUUCUUGCAAAGGUGAAAACCGUAGCUUUCGACAAAACCGGCACAUUAACGAGGGGGGAGUUUUCGGUGAUCGAUUUUCGGUCUCUUAGUCAUGAUAUCAGCUUCAACACAUUGCUCUAUUGGGUUUCAAGCAUUGAGAGUAAAUCAAGUCAUCCAAUGGCAGAUGCACUUGUUGGCCACGGACGGUCACAAUCCAUCGAACCAAAUCCCGAAAAUGUGGAGGGCUUUCAAAAUUUUCCCGGGGAAGGAGUCUACGGGAAAAUUGAUGGGAAAGACAUCUACAUUGGAAACUGGAGAAUCGGCCUAAGAGCUGGUUGUGAAAAAGAUUCAUUGGAUGUUCAAAGUAUGAGUAGAGAAACAAAUGGAUACAUAUAUUGUGGAGCAGCUCUGGUGGGAAUAUUUCGCCUCUCUGAUACGUGUCGAUCUGGGGCCGCAGAGGCAAUUGAAGAGUUGAAGGAAUUAUGCAUCAGAUCUGCCAUGCUUACCGGGGACAGUAAUGCAGCCGCCAUGAUUGCAUAUGAUCAGCUGGACCGUGCUCUAGACACUGUGCAUGCAGAACUUCUACCUGAAGAGAAAGCACAAUUCAUCAAAGAGUUUAAGAGGAAUGGUCCGGUAGCAAUGAUCGGAGAUGGAAUAAACGACGCUCUUGCUCUAGCUACGGCUGAUAUUGGCAUCUCCAUGGGAAUUUCAGGCUCAGCACUAGCAACGGAGACAGGACACGCAAUCCUCAUGUCAAAUGAUAUCCGAAAGAUUCCAAAAGCCAUUAGACUGGCAAAGAGAGCUUUCAGGAAACUCGUCGAGAAUGUAAUUAUCUCGGUCGGUACUAAGAGCGUUAUACUAGCACUAGCCUUUGCAGGCUAUCCUCUUGUCUGGGCAGCUGUUCUUACUGAUGUUGGGACAUGCUUGGUAGUGAUUCUCAACAGCAUGUUACUUCUGAAAGACACCAAAAAACAAGACGGCAGAUUUUCCAGACACGAGUACGGGACUUUCUCUACAUUGUCAUGCGAAAGAGAUGAAAGCAUGAACCGCGCCAACGAGCAACACGGAUACAAUGGAGGUUAUGCACCCCUUGACACGAAAAGUUGUAAAAAUGAGUGCUGCGACAAAUUCACUCGUAAGGCAACAUCCAGAAUAAGCAACUCGAGCGGUUUUAAUACGGCGAGUCCAAGUUCUAAGAGUAGAGAGCAAAUCAUAGAGUCAAGUUGCGGGCAAGGUGAAGACAGCAAUGAGGGUUGCGGAGUAAAGCAAUGCACUGAUGAAUGUUGUGGCGAGGUCACAAAUGUUAUGCGCUCAAACAGUACAUGCUCAAAACAAACUGCUUAUCGGGAAAAUGAGAAUCUAUGCUGCUCUAAAUCUGUCGAGCGAAUUCAUUGCGAGGGAGAGGAGUCGGAUAGAACGAUUGGCAAUAGUUCGGAGUGUUGUUUGCAAAUUGAAGGUUCUUCUAGUGAGUGCAACUAUUGUGGUGCUGGAUGUGUUGAUGAGUGCAUAAGUUCAAAGAAGAGGGAAACUGAGAAGUGUUGUUUCAACCAGAAAGAGAAUGAACGUUCUCGAAAAGUUGACGGCAUAUCAGCGAUGAAUCCGUUGAAGUCGGACAUUGUCAAGUGCUGUAAGAAAUAUGGUGACAAAUGCUGCGGUAGGUAUAACCAACAUGCUGGCUCUAGUUCUGGUGGAAGCUUGUUGGGUAUUGUUAUUGAAUAGGCUUUGUUAACCUCAUACCUUUCCUUUGUUUAGAGUGUGUUUGGAUUAGCUUAAA